UUGUGUGUGUUCAUUACAUACCUUUUAUUUUUCCCCACAGAUAGUGAAAAAUGCCUAAAAAGAAGACUGGUGCUCGUAAGAAGGCGGAGAACCGUCGUGAACGUGAAAAGCAGAUAAGAGCUUCAAGAGCCAACAUAGAUUUAGCCAAACAUCCUUGCAAUGCUUCAAUGGAAUGUGAUAAAUGCCAAAGACGACAGAAGAAUAGAGCUUUUUGCUACUUCUGUAACUCUGUUCAAAAAUUACCUAUUUGUGCACAAUGUGGAAAAACCAAAUGCAUGAUGAAGUCUUCAGACUGUGUUAUAAAACAUGCUGGUGUGUACAGUACUGGACUAGCAAUGGUGGGUGCAAUCUGUGAUUUCUGUGAAGCUUGGGUGUGUCAUGGGAGGAAGUGUCUCAGCACACACGCGUGUAUCUGCCCUCUCGCAGAUGCAGAAUGUAUUGAGUGCGAAAGAAGUGUCUGGGACCACGGAGGCAGAAUAUUCGCCUGCUCUUUUUGCCACAAUUUCCUCUGUGAAGAUGACCAGUUUGAACAUCAAGCCAGCUGCCAAGUUCUGGAAGCAGAGACUUUUAAAUGUGUUUCCUGUAACAGGCUUGGGCAGCAUUCCUGUUUUUGUAAGGCUUGUUUUUGUGACGAUCACGUGCGAAGUAAGGUUUUCAAGCAGGAGAAGGGAAAAGAGCCUCCCUGCCCUAAAUGUGGCCAUGAAACUCAGCAGACAAAGGAUCUGAGCAUGUCAACACGCUCUUUGAAGUUUGGCCGACAGACUGGAGGUGAAGAUGCAGAUGGAGCUUCUGGUUAUGAUGCCUACUGGAAGAGCCUCUCCUCCAGCAAGGCUGGAGAUGCAGGUGACCAUGAGGAUGAAUAUGAUGAAUAUGAAGCAGAAGAUGAUGAUGAAGAUGACAAUGAUGGAGGGAAGGAUUCUGAUACUGAGACCACAGAUGUAUUCAGCAAUUUGAAUUUAGGAAGGACCUAUGCUAGUGGGUAUGCACAUUAUGAGGAACCAGAAGAUUAAGCUUAGUAUGCUGGCAAGCUAAAACAACUUGGAAGGAGCCAAGCAGUACUUCGAGUUGUGUACAUGCCAGUAGGAUAGCUCUAUCAGGUACUUACGUAUCAAAGUUAGAGAGUAAAGAAUGUGGAACUUCUGCCGUAACUCCAAGUGAGGGUUUGUUUUUUUUUUUUUUGGUAUAAACCAAUAUCGGGUUUUGGACUGGGGGAGAAAACAGGAAUAUUUUUAUUCCCCUAAGCAACAGAAGUGGCUUUGUUGUUGAGUUACUGAGUAUAAUGGUUCAAUGCCUUGUUUCCGUGUGUUCAUCAGAAAUUAUUUUUUACAAUAAUUUUGUUAACUGAUUUCAUAAAAUUGAUGUAGUGGUGGGUUGGUGACUGCAUUUUUCUGGUCUGCACAAUAAAAGUUAACUGCAUUCUAAUG